CGGCUCCCACAAUCCGUAGCUGCCAAAUUAGGAAUUUGAACAUGGCGGACACGGUGCAAGACGGCUGAGCCGCGCUGAAAGUCGGCCUUGUUUUCUCACUUCUACAAGCCUCCGCAGAAUCUCUAGACCAGAGCUACACAAACAAGCACCCAACUUCCAGUACUGUAUACUCAACAACAGGACCGAACCAUCUGCCGCCAUGACGGGGUCCGAAGCCUCCAUCAACAUCAAAGAGUCGGAGGUGAUCAAACUGAUCCUGGACUUCCUGCACAACCGCGAGCUGCACGUGUCCAUGCUGUCACUGGAGAAGGAGAGCGGGGUCAUCAACGGGAUGUACUCAGACGACCUGCUGUUCCUACGUCAGCUGAUCCUGGAUGGCCAAUGGGACGAUGUUCUGGAGUUCAUGCAGCCGUUGGAGAGUAUUGACGGGUUCCAGAGUGACCACUUCCGCUACCUGAUCCUCAAACACAAGUUCCUGGAGAUGCUCUGUAUCACCAAGUCUGAACCCAACAUGCAGUUCCCAGACAUCUCGGUAGAUGACGUUGUAGAGUGUCUGAAUGCGCUGGAGCCGUACUCUCCGACACGUGAGGAGUACAGCAGCCUGUGUCUGCUGCUGACCCUGCCACAGGUCACCGACCACGUGGAGUACAAGAACUGGAACCCCAGCACCGCACGCGUACACUGUUUCCAGGAUGUUGCAAAGAUGGUGGAAACGUUCUUGCCGGCCAACAAGAAACUGUCCGAGGCUGGUUUCACGGCAUCUCAGGACAGACUGGUCAACCUGAUGAUCAAAGGACUCCUGUACGAAUCCUGCGUGGAGUUCUGUCAGCAAAAAGCGACAACAGACAGCCCCAACACUCCGAUCGAAGACAUCAUUAUCUCCGAUAUUCUCCAGGGCAGCGCCAGCGACGAGGCGGACCUUAGUCUGUUGUCGUGGUUACAGAGCAUCCCGCCGGCCACGUUCACGUGCGCGUUCGAACAGAAGAAACUGAAGCUCCAAGUGGACAAGAUCGUGAAGCCGCCACCAGCGCCAAUCAGUGAACUCCUUACGCCAGUCAUGAACAGAGUCUCGCCGUACCCGACCACGCCCACGAAACGCCCGCGCUCGGCCGACACGUACUCGCACAUGACGCAGUCGCUGAACCCGUCCCUCGACGGACUAUCGUACGGACUGAUGAACCAGACAAAAGAGAGGAAAGAAGCGAAAGCGGAGACGAAGGCGGCGAACAUCAUGUCACGGUCGUUUGCGGCGUUCCACAGUCCGAGCCGCGGCACGAACGCGGGCUUCAUGUCCACCAUGUUUGACAACUCUAUCCAGGAGGAGGGCUCCAGCGAAACCACAUCACCAGACACAAGCGUGUCAGAUAAAGGGGAGGAAAAACCACAGAUGUUGAUGAAGAGACUUCCCCAGGCCAUGGAGUUCAGCCCCCCUCAGCCUCGCAGACAGCCCCACCCCCCCUCACACCCUCACAAACAGCCAAACCACCAGGUUAAGAAGAGCCCCAGGGCCAAAGAGAUCCCACCCCAACACCCCACCCCACAACAACAACAACAACAACAACAACAACAACAACAACAACCAGCACAACUGACGGGCAGUAUGGUAGACUCUCAGCUGGCGUACGAGGAGUUCAGAAGACAGAGAGAGCAGUUCGAGGAGCAACUCAGACAACAGGAGGAACAGCGAGCACAGUUUGCUAAGCAGUUAGAAGAUGGUCUGUCCGGACAGAGACCAACAGGACCACACCCACAAACCAACGCUACGACAGCACCAAUGGGAGAGUCUCCUCCCUUCACCACACCAAGCAAACAACAAGGCUUGUGUACCAGUACCCCCAGACCAGGGGCUGCACCGUCUCAGACCAUGCCUACACCCAGCACCAUCGGCAAGGCUUCAAGUCCUCAUACCAGUCCGCGGCCCGUUGGCCCGGUUACGAGAUCUCUGGAACAGACGUUCAACAAGAUGUCUGUACAGGACGGCGCGCCUGUGGUGGACGGUCACACGCCCAGACUGUCCCACAGCUCGUCUAGUACGUCCAGCGGUGACACUCCCGCCAAGACAAGACAGAGUCACAUCAUGGAUCCCAAAGCGAAGGGUCACCAUUUCAUCCCGGUGACGACCCUGGAGGACAUGCAGGCUAUCCGUGCUGUAGCCUUCCACCCCAGCGGAGCCCUCUACACCAUUGGAUCUAACUCCAAAACCCUGCGCGUCUGCUCAUAUCCUGGGGUCACUGACCUAAGACCAGACCAGAAGCCAGAACAGCCGACCGUCCUGUACAAGAGAAACAGACAUCACAAGGGGUCCAUCUACUGUAUCGCCUGGAGUCCCACAGGGAAUCUCAUCGCUACCGGGUCGAACGACAAGUGUGUGAAGGUGCUCAAGUUCAAUGCCGACACCUGUAAUGCCGAAGAUUGGCCACAGCUUUCUGAUCCUGACAACCCAGAGAAUGAGCUGGCCCAAGGCCCUGAUAUGGAGCUGACCAUGCAUGAUGGUACAGUCCGGGACCUGGUGUUCAUGAGAGAUGUGAACCAGGGCUAUCCCAUUCUCAUCAGCGGGGGUGCCGGGGACUGCUGUAUCUACACCACUGACUGUGAAAAAGGGGAGGGGCUGCAUGCCCUGGCUGGACAUACAGGCCAUGUGUUGACGCUGUAUGCGUGGGGAGGGUGUCUGCUUGCCUCCGGUGCCCAGGACAAGACCAUCCGUCUGUGGGACCUGCGAGCACCCAGAUGUGUGGCCAUCAUCAGCAGUACAACCACCGGCAUGGGCCCUGGAGUCAGCCCAGUAGCGUCAGUCUGUGUGGACCCGAGCGGCCGACUCCUGGCCUCAGGUCACGAGGACAACAGCUGUAUGUUGUACGACAUCAGCGGCGGUCGCGUGGUCCAAGCCUUCAAACCUCACACCAGCGACGUCCGCUCCACGCGCUUCUCUCCCAACGCCUACCACCUCCUCACCGGGUCCUACGAUCAUUCCAUUAAAAUCAUCGACCUUCAAGGUGAUCUUACAAAGACGCUACCGGUGACGACAGUAGCCACACACAAGGACAAGGUAAUCCAGUGCAGAUGGCACCCCACCGAGAACGCUUUCCUCUCCACCAGUGCAGACAGAACAGUCACACUGUGGGGAGAACCGCAGCACAGAUAGGCCGCCUGACCAGCAACGAUAAAAAACAAACUACGUACCUUUGCCUUGGGAGCAGGUUUAAAAGCGCCCAAUGUAGUUUCAGGUCUUGAAACCCGGAUUUUCAAAGUUACGCCAAAAAGUACAUGAUCAUUUUGAUACAUGAACGCCAGCGUC